AUGUCCAAGCAGGCCGGCAAGCGAGCACGGGUGUCUAUCAAUGCCCACGACAAUCCCCUCCACCGCUCGACCAGCUCCAUCAACGACGAUGCAUCCGAGAAAGCCAAGCGACGCAAGUCGGCCCACUUUCCCCCUCACCUCGAACAAGAUGCCGCCGCCCCAGCCAAGCGAGUCGUAUCCGGCCUCGCGCUUCAACAGCAAGGUAUCAACCAGAGGAGGGGUAAGAGGCUGUCUGCUGUGGAAUCCAGCCUGCCCCUCAUCAGCAUGGAGGCGAUGAACACGAAUUUCGAAGAGUGGAUGAAGCUGGCGACUGAUAAUAAAAUCACUGCCAACAACACCUGGAACUUUGCUCUCAUCGACUACUUUGCCGACCUCACCCUUCUUCGAAACGGUCCCGACGACCAGAGCAUCAACUUUCAGAAGGCGUCUUCGACUCUCGAUGGGUGUGUAAAGAUCUGGACUUCGCGAGUGGACAGUGUGGCUACGGAGACGGGAAAGCUUCUGAGUGGUCUUGCUGGUGGAAGUGAGGACGUUGAAGAUGAAGACGGCGAAGAGGGAGAGGAGGAAGGCGGCGCGCCCAAAGCUACUCGUAAGACUGCCCGCUCCGAAGCUACCCUCGCCAAAUCCUUCGCUCAGCUUCAAGUCAAGAAACUCGACGUUGAAUUCACAGUCGACCCCCUUUUCAAGAAGACUUCCGCCGAUUUUGACGAGGGAGGCGCCAUGGGUCUUCUUAUGAACCACCUCGGCGUCGACGACAAGAUGAGGGUAGUGUUCGAUGCUGGGGAUGCAGGGGACGAAGAAGAUGAGGAGGAAGAGCUUGAGAUGAGGGACGAUGUAAUCAACCUCGACAAGCUUCUCGACUUUAUUCCUUCCGUCGACGCCCUCGAGGAUCUAAAGAUCUCCAACACCCUCUCAUCUUUCCACUUUUCCUCUGACCCCGACUCCACCCCCGACUUUACCACCCUCCUCGGCCUCAAAGACACAUUCCAAGACGACGAGCCCCCCUUCCAAUUCGAGCCCAAUCCCGCUUACGACGGCGAUGACAUACCGAUGGCGCCCAUGGAUGUCGGAGGAGAGGAGGAGCACGACUUUUUCGGUUUCGACGACUACAACGCCGGUGGUGGUGACGGCGAAGGAGGGUUCGACGAUGACGCUUCUAUGAUGGGCGAUGCGGAUGCUGCUGAGCGUUACGACGGAGCUGCCAACCCACAACCUGCUUCGCUCGGUCUGGCAGGUCAAGGCGACCAUUUAGGUCCAUUCGAUCCUCGUACACGCCAGGCGCGGGACGAGCUCGUGGUCGGGCUUCGAGAAGGAGAUGAGGAUGGGAUGUUUGACUAUUUCGAUCAAGGGUUCGGGGGAAAGAGUUGGGCAGGGGCAGAGCAUUGGAAGUUGCGAAAGGUUUCUAGAAAAGACCCAACAACGCCAUCAAACAACGCCAAAACCACCCGCGCUGCCAAAGCCCCCUUCACCAUUGACUUCUCCUCCCCUGCCACCGAUGCUACCUCUACCAAAACCCUAUUCGCCCCCGGAACCAAAGCCUCGCUCAACCUUCCCUCUUCAUCCCGCUCCAAGGGCAAGAACGCCGCAAAGACGAGAAAGGAAGAGUACCUGCUACCGGACGACAUGCACUUCAGCAGUCAUCAGCUGCUGAGGCUGUUCUUGAAGCCAAAGUUCUUUUUGAGAGUGCGAAGGGCUGGGGGAGGGACGCAAGCGCCGGUGAAUGAGAACGGCGAGAUUGAUGAGAACUUUUGGGCGAAUGCUGCUGCUGAGCGAGCUGAGGGCGAUGUCGACAACGAUGAGUUCGGCUCCGCCCCCGCUCCCUUCGAAUCCCAAUUCUUCCAAGACGACGACGACGGCUACGACGGCGGCGCCGACAUGCCCGCCAUCAUGGGCUACGACGACGAGCCCCUCAUCACAUACGACGAGAACGGUCUACCCAUCCCUGUCGCCGGCGGCGAUGGCGGCGAGGAGGACUUGCUGGCAGGGACGCAAGGGAUGGAGUUGAAGAGGGCGAGGCCGGAGACGGUGCAUUUCGCAAAGAAGGCGAAGAGGGUGGAUGUGAAGAGGUUGAAGGACGAUAUCUGGUCGGGUCUCAAAACGCUCAUCCCCGACGGCCCUUCCCCCACCGACGAGGACGGCGACGCCGCUGCUGUUGACGCCGAACUCGACAAGGACAAAGCCGAACCCGUCCAGACAUUCAACAACAUCAUCACCUCCCUCCGAACCACCUACCCCGCUCAAAAGAUGUCCGACAUAUCUACAUCGUUCUGCUUCAUCUGUCUACUGCAUCUCGCCAACGAGGAAGGUCUCAAGAUUGAGAGUGCGAGGAACGACGGGAAGGAUAGUGAAGAUGUCGGCUGUAUGGGAGUUUUGGGAGAGGAUGGGGUGCCUAGUCUUGAAGAUCUGGCGAGGGCGGGAAGGGCGGAAGGAGAUAGGAACGAUAGAGUUAUUGGCGAGCUUGAAGCUUUGAAGGUUUAUAAGGACCUGGCGGCUGGACGUGCUGCGUAG